AUGCCACCAAUCUUAGACCAACAACCAUCACACUCGAUGACUCCAAAGGAAUAUAUCAGUUCCAUUGAAUCAUCUGGAAUGCCAAAAAUUGGAUAUAUUAUGGAUAAACAUAGAGCCUCAACUGUUGACUAUGUAAUUGAAAAUGAUCCCCCAAAGUUAGUUUCAAAACCAAGAUCGAAAUCUUUACCAAAGAAUAAUCCAUGUCAAAAUUGUAAAAGACAUUGUUCAAACGAAACCCCAUGUGACAGAUGUGGAAAAGGUACAUAUUGUUCGAAUGAAUGCCAAUACGCUCACUGGAGCUUCCACAAGAAAAAUUGUAGAGAUUUAGGAAUGGUCAUCAAAUUAAAGAGAAAAUCACUUUAA